GGCUGUCCAAACUGAAUGGCUGUUACAUCCUUUUCUAUUUUGCAUUGUGGUUUAAAUCGUGAGUUUGUUCUGGUGCGAGCGUGAGUUGGUCUAGUGUUUCAUGUUGGUGCCACUAUAAAAAACUGAAGUUCCUUUCAGUCGUUUUAUUUUCCAUACCAAUCUGCCAAAAAGCCUCCGCGAGUCUGUCUUUGCACGACAAGACUUUGGCAAGCGUCUGUCUUUUUCAUGUGAAGAUAAACGACAUGGAAUUAUUUAUUUUCAGUCUUCUCCUUCUUUAACACACCACUUUUGAAUUAGAAUUUUGUGCAUUCGAAUUGCAGUCUACUCAUAUUCGUUCUGUUCCAAACUAAAAUGAAAGUGUUUAGCUUUAUACUGAAGUGGACGUUCAUCCUGCCGCUGAGUCUUUCCUUGUGUUCAGGUGAAGAAAGCCCAACUUCAUCAAACAUUGUGAAUCCUUGUUGCCAUUACCCUUGUCAAAACCGAGGGAUUUGUGUUCGAUAUGGCCUGGACAGAUACGAAUGUGACUGCACCAGAACAGGCUUCUAUGGAGAAAAUUGCACUAUACCUGAGUUCUGGUCUCGAGUCUUUCAGCUCUUGAAGCCCAGUCCUAAUGUUGUCCACUACAUCCUCACCAAUUUUGACUGGCUAUGGGGCAUCAUCAACAGGACGUUCCUCAGGGAUUGGCUCAUGCACAAAGUGUUAACAGUAAGAGCCAACCUAAUCCCAAGUCCCCCGACAUACAAUUCCAAAUAUGACUACUUGAACUGGGAAGCAUAUUACAACAUCACCUACUACACAAGAAUUCUUCCACCGGUCCCUCAGGACUGCCCCAAGCCAUUGGGAGCCAAAGGAAAAAUGAAGCUUCCAGACCCCAAGCUUCUGGUAGAUAAGUUCCUGUUAAGGAAGAAUUUCAGACCGGACCCUCAGGGAACAAAUUUGAUGUUCGCAUUUUUCGCUCAGCACUUCACACACCAGUUUUUCAGGACUCACAACCGUGUUGGACUUGGGUUCACAAAAGGUCUGGCUCAUGGGGUGGAUGCUGGACACAUUUAUGGAGACACUCUUGAACGCCAGCUAGACCUCAGACUGCAUAGAGAUGGGAAGCUGAAGUACCAGGUGGUCAGUGGUGAGAUAUACCCCCCCACGGUGCUAGAUGCACCGGUCAAAAUGAGCUACCCACCAUCUGUCCCGCCAGAGCAGCAGCUAGCCAUUGGGCAAGAAGUGUAUGGACUGCUGCCGGGUCUCAGUAUGUAUGCCACCUUGUGGCUGCGUGAGCACAACCGUGUGUGUGAUAUCCUGAAACAAGAGCAUCCAACCUGGGGGGAUGAGCAGCUGUUUCAGACCUCCAGGCUCAUUAUUAUAGGUGAGACCAUUCGUAUUGUAAUCGAGGACUAUGUGCAGCAUCUAAGCGGUUACCGGCUGAAGCUCCACUUUGAUCCUACGCUGCUGUUCACCUCACAGUUCCAGUACCAGAACCGCAUCGCUGUGGAGUUCAAUCAGCUUUACCACUGGCACCCGCUCAUGCCUGACAGCUUCCACAUCGCUGGAGAAGAGAUUCACUACCCUCAAUUCCUAUUCAACACCUCUAUCCUCACCCACUAUGGGGUGGAGAAGUUGGUGGAGGCCUUCUCAACCCAACCGGCAGGACAGAUUGGAGGUGGUCAUAAUAUUCAUCCAGUGGUGCGCAAAGUAGCUGAGGGGGUCAUCAUUGAAUCUAGGGAGCUUCGACUUCAGCCCUUUAAUGAAUAUCGCAAGAGAUUCAAUCUGAAACCCUACACAUCUUUCUCAGAAUUUACAGGAGAAGAAGAGAUGGCUAAAGAACUAGAGAAACUGUAUGGUCAUAUUGAUGCUCUGGAGUUCUACCCAGGUCUUUUGAUAGAGAAGACACGACCUGGUGCGAUAUUUGGCGAAAGCAUGGUAGAAAUGGGGGCCCCAUUUUCCCUAAAAGGCCUUAUGGGAAAUCCUAUUUGCUCUCCUGAGUACUGGAAGCCCAGUACGUUUGGGGGGAAGACAGGUUUUGAUAUAGUAAACUCUGCUACUUUGAAGAAAUUGGUUUGCCUGAAUACAAAAUGGUGUCCGUAUGUAUCUUUCCAUACUCCUCCAUCAGAUUACAAACACCAGAGGACAUCUCACGGUGAACUUUAACACAGUGUACUUCUGGAAUCUGUUUAAAAUCACUGUUUAAAAAUUUGACUUCUAUUUACAGAUGUGAAUGAAAACAAUUAUCUUGUAAAUCAGAAAUGAAUUGGUAAUGACAAUUAUUAGGGUAAUUAUAUGUAACAAGGUGACUGAAAAAUGGAUUUUCAUAGUAUUACAAUAUUAUU